UCGGUUCGGUUGAAUCAUUGCAAUGAACAGACUCAAAUGAAUGAUUCGAUUGAAUAUUUAGUCCACGCAGUUAUGCGCAUUCCUUUUGGCUUCCUGAAGUAACUUUUUGUCGGAAAGGGUCCAUCAUCACUGCACCACUAGCUAUGAGUUUACAGAUGUUUCCCGGACUGUCUUGAAAUAAAGUGUCUUUCCUGACCUCCACAUCGCUGUCGGAAUGUCCUCCAUAGACCCCUAUCAGUACAUCAUAGUUGAGCAUCAGUAUUCUCAUAAAUUGAAGGUAAAUGUGGCGAGAGCUGAAAAUGUGACGAAAGGAGCAUUUGGGGAUUUAUUGGACACCCCUGACCCUUACGUGGAGCUGUCCAUUCCAACCACACCAGAGUCAAGAAAACGAACACGCCACAUAAAUAAUGACAUUAACCCCACAUGGAAUGAAACAUUUGAGUUCAUACUGGAUCCUAAUCAACACAAUGUUUUGGAGAUGACACUGAUGGACGCUAAUUAUGUCAUGGACGAAACCCUGGGCACAGCUAAAUAUGCCCUUUCGAAGCUCAAAGUGGGGCAGACGGAGCACGUGACCCUACCUAUUGGCAAGACGACAAAAGUGUUCCUCGACUUGUUCUUAGAAGUGUGUGCGUCCACAGACUUGCGCUUCAGCAUGGCUCUGUGCGAUCAGGAGAAGCUCUUCAUGCAGACGCGCAGGGACCGAGUUAUGCUCGGCAUCAAGAAGCUUCUUAAAAUGGAAAACCCUCGCUUCCUUCCAGCCUCACCUAGAGAGGUUCCCACCAUCGGCAUUCUGGGUUCUGGAGGUGGUUUCCGUGCCAUGGUUGGCUUCUCUGGUGUAAUGAAGGCUCUGUAUGAAUCUGGGGUGCUUGACUGUGCAACAUACGUGGCAGGACUUUCUGGAUCAACAUGGUAUAUGUCCAUGCUGUACUCGCACCCUGAAUUUCCCGCUAAAGGCCCAGGGGAUAUUAAUAAGGAGCUGAUGAACAGAGUCAGCAAUAGUCCACUCAAACUGCUCCUGCCCCAAAACAUCAAUCGCUACGUCAAAGCACUGUGGAAGAAGAAAUCGGCCGGACAGCCUGUCACUUUCACUGACAUCUUCGGGAUGUUGAUCGGAGAGACUCUGAUUCCGGGGAGAAUGGACGCUAAAUUGAGCUCCAUGCAGACGAAGAUUAAUGAAGGUCAGAGCCCCCUUCCUCUCUUCACCUGUCUCCACGUCAAACCUGACGUCUCUGAGCUCAUGUUCGCCGACUGGGUGGAGUUCAGCCCGUAUGAGAUUGGCAUGGCCAAAUAUGGCACCUUCAUGUCUCCAGGGCUCUUUGGAAGCAAGUUCUUCAUGGGCAGCGUUGUUAAACAAUAUGAGGAAAACCCCUUGCAUUUCCUCAUGGGUGUAUGGGGCAGUGCUUUCUCCAUCCUGUUCAACCGGGUUCUGGGGGUGAAGGAGACGACCAGUAGCAGCACAAUGGAGGAGGAGCUGGAGCAAAUUAAACCCGAGCAUAUCGUGGGUGAUGAUUCAGCAGAUAACGAGGAGGAAACUCAGAGGGGAGGCACAGAGAGCGCGGAGGCAGAAGAUGAGCGGCAGCGUCAUGCCCAGGCGAGCUGGGUUCAGCGCAUGCUGACCUCCAUAAUGGGGGACACCACCCUGUUCACCACACGUGAGGGCCGUGCCGGCAAGGUGCACAAUUUCAUGCUGGGACUCAACCUAAACUCUACACUGCCCUUCUCUCCCUUCAGUGGCCUCAUGCACCAGAACUCAGUGGAUGAAGAGGUUGAUGCUGUUACAGAUCCUGACGAGUUUGAGCGAAUCUAUGAGCCCUUAGAUGUGAAGAGCAAGAAAAUCCACAUAGUGGACAGCGGUCUGACCUUUAACCUGCCCUAUCCUCUCAUUCUGCGGCCACAGAGAGGAGUUGACCUCAUCAUUUCCUUCGACUUCUCAGCCAGGCCCAGUGACUCCAGCCCGCCAUUCAAAGAGCUACUGUUAGCUGAAAAAUGGGCCCGUAUGAAUAAGCUGCCAUUCCCUAAGAUCGAUUCGAAAGUAUUUGACCGAGAGGGUCUGAAAGAGUGCUAUGUGUUCAAACCCAACAAGGGAGAAAAGAGCUGCCCCACUGUCAUUCAUUUUGUCCUGGCCAACAUCAACUUUCGGAACUUUAAAGCCCCAGGAGUGCCUAGAGACACAGACAAGGAGAUCGAGUUUGCAGACUUUGACAUUUUCGACGAUCCAGCCUCUCCCUUCUCCACCUUCAACUUCCAAUACUCCAACCAGGCCUUCAGGAGGCUUCAUGACCUCAUGGAGUUCAACACGCUGAACAACAUCGAGGUUAUAAAAGAAGCAAUUAAAGACAGCAUUCUGCAGCGACGAGAGAACCCCUCACGCUGCUCUGUUUCCCUGUUACUCAAUGAAAUUGAAAACAAGAAGUUCCUGAAACGAGAUACCAGCAGUGCAAAACGACACACCUAACAGAUAGCUGCAAACAGCUAUGCAAAAGCCUAGACUGCGUUGGUCCACUGGUGCUGAUUUCUCAUUUCAUGAGAAUCACUGAGCAGAUUCAUCAGACAAGACUGGACUGACCUUAUUACAAGCUCAUUUUUUAUGCUGCAUUCCAGACCACUUUAAAUUUCCCCAGCUCCUACUUAAAGAUAAAGGCGCUCGAGGUCAAACUUCCAAUUCAUACCAAACCAGGGUUAUUAAUGUUAAGGAGGGGAAUGGAAUAGAUUUGAAAAUGGUCAAAUGUUUUGUGUAUGGCGACACGAGAGUACUACACUCUCAUUGGUCACUGAAAACAUAAUCAAAUUCGCCAGAAUAUUUAAUAAACAGACACACAAUGGGCAGGGGACGUAAAGAACUUUACAACAUUCAGGACCUCUUCCCAGCUUAAUUUCAAAACGAUUCUUGAAUUACCACUUGGGCAAAUUCUUCAUGUUAAAUUGCUUGCAAAUCUGUCUGUGUACUUCUCUACGGGUUGCAAGGAGCCAAGUACAGGCAGCUUUGUUUUCACUUGACAUUUUAGCAGUAAAUACUGUUCUGGGAGUAAUUUAUGGUCUCAGUGGCGGCCUGGGCCUUAGGACUCGCUGUUCUUCAUGCGUUUCUGCCAAUGUGAUAAGAAAACAAUGACUGCUCUCCAUUCGGUUCUACUGUGACGCAUCUAUGACCAAUAGCCUUGCCUUCGGGACAGGAUUCAUCUCAUAUUUCAGCGAAAGAUUCAUUGCUUAGGAACUGGAUUCAGCUGCUUUUAUUUAUUUUCGCUUACAAAUGACGUCUCCCGCCCGAGGGGUGAAAGGAAGAAGGUACUCCAGGACUCCACCUCCUCGUGAGGUGUCACAUGAUGGGACAUGUUGUGAAAAUAUAUUGGUGGCAGACCGGCACAUACAGAUCUAACUUCACACAUAAUCAUUCCUCUGGUUUACAUACUUUAUGAUGAAAGCGUAUGCAAGAUUAUUUAUUUGUAUGCUUAUUGUGUUUUAUAAUUUCAUUUUAAGAUUUGGACAUCUCAAAAUUAAACAUUUGAAAUGAAUGUCAAUGGGGGGGGGGGAGUGCUUAAGGCAGAGCAGGUAAGGUUUUUCGUAAAACUGAACUGAGGUCAGUAGGAUAAAGAUAGCAGGUAGAUACCAGAAAGACUGGUUGUGGGGUAAAAAUAGACCUAAGCUUUAGAGUGCACUUUAAGUCCAAAAUAAAUGUCUACUUUUAUACAUUCUUUCCUGUUUGUGUUCGAACAGCACAAGUCUCAGAUCCUUUAAAAGUGGGCAUGUUCUGUAUGAUUGUAUGAUUCAUGUAUACACAACGGUUAUCUGUGUCAUGUACAUUUAAGUGAUGUUACCAGCCUGUGUGGUGUAGUGUCGUGCAUAAACGUAAUAAAAGGAUAUUUAUACCAAUGAA